AUGAAUCCGGCUAGCCGACGAUCAUGUGACACUUUGUUCCCUGCAGCGAUGUCGAAUGGGGGCUACAGGACUGACAGUGUUAUUGGCAUAGCGGAGAAGUUCAAUUGGGAGAGCACUUUGAGAUCGCCGGGUCGGAACCGAGAAGCUGAUGUGCGCUCAACGUGGGAUGCCAGGCGUCAAUUGGAAGGGCUAGAAGAAAGGACGGCUUCAGCCGUUGCAUACCUUCACCGCCAACUGCUCGAUCUCCAAGCGGAGCAGUCUCCCAAGAUAGCUUCAGAUGUCGGAGUUCGAUUGGAUGCUUUGGAGCAGAAGCAGCAGCAGACUGCACACCGCCUGGAUGCAAUGGCAGAUGUCGCGAAUUCAUGUUCGAAAGAACAGGAUGCGCAAGAGCAACGUCUUCAAGCUUUGCAGGAGCGUGCGAUCAACGCGGAAGCUGCUUCUCAACGAGUGGCCGGGCUCUUGCAGGAGCUGCGACGGGACGUCACGGAGAUCUUCGAGGACGGCAGGCUCUCGCCGCGCAGCCUCGGUGGCGAGGAGCUCCGCAGCCUCGUCGCCGAGCAGCGCUUGUCGCAACUGGAGGUUGCAGUCUGGUCUCUGCAAAGCAUGGAGCUUCCGGAGGUGCAGCUGGCCGUGCACGCGCAGGAUCGGCGCCUCGCAGACUUGGAGACAGGACCACACGGGCAGGACGUUCUGCAGGCAUGCUGCGUCGCGCACACCAGCUCCAUCGUUUUUCGUCUGAUCUUACGCCAGGCAAGGCAUGCACCAGAUUUCAUUGUCGAGGCAAAGUGUCAACUCGGAGUUGUCAGAACAUAUGGACUCAACCUGGCGCGAGAGGAGGGGGGCCACACAGACGAAGGCACCGGGGGAAUGUUGCGUAAUCUGAGCGCCGUCAUUGUGCCUCGUGAGGCCGUCCGUGUGAGCCUGCUGAGGAGCCCUGCUUAUCCGAACUGCAUGCUCUUCAAGAAGCCCUUCUGGCAGUUGUUGAAUGAAGGAGCUUCGCCCGUCGAUGGCUGA